UGGAGAAGGGGGUGUCUGGAGGCGCCAUGUCGGGCCGGGAAGGUGGCAAAAAGAAGCCCCUGAAACAGCCCAAGAAGCAGACUAAGGAAAUGGACGAGGAAGAUAAGGCUUUCAAGCAGAAACAAAAAGAGGAGCAGAAGAAACUCGAGGAGCUAAAAGCCAAGGCCGCGGGGAAGGGACCCCUGGCCACAGGUGGAAUUAAGAAAUCUGGCAAAAAGUAAGCUGUUCCUCAUAUCUUGAGAUGAUGGUGACCCUCUUCCAUUCCUAUUUAAACAUCUGGAUUCCCUGCCAUAACAUCUUUGCCAUCUGCAGCUAGAAUGAAGUGUUAUCCUGGAGCCUGUUAAACAUCUGGAUUCCCUACUAUAAUAUAACAUCAUUGCCACCUAUAGUUAGAAUGAAGUGUUAUCCUGGAGCCUGUUGUACAUUGUAAUAAACUUUUGUAAAAAAAAUAAUAAUAAAAUAAAUAAUACAAUGGCU